CUUCCUCUUGUGCUCUAUCUGACUGCAGGUAUCAGGAAGUCUUGAGGCUUUAACUCAGUCUAUCUUUAACCGUCUGUCAUUAUUCAGUCAGUAUGGAGCUCAGUCAACUUCCUCUUGUGCUCUUGCUGAUUUCAAACAUCCACUCUGGACACACUGAAGAUUUUCCCAAACCAACUCUGACUGUUGAGCCACAGAGUUCAGUGUUCACUGGAGACUCAGUCACUCUGAGAUGUGACAUAUAUGAUGAAGGAAGGCAGUAUAGCUGGUAUAAAGAUGGUUCAUUCAUGGAUUUCAGUGAACUACAGGAACACACAUUCAGUUCUGUUUCUAAAUCUGACGCUGGUAAAUACUCCUGUUAUGGAAAAGAGACUGAAGGAUCACACUGGUCACACCGCAGUAAUGAAGUUACACUGACAGUAUCAGAAAGACCAAAAGCCAAAGUGACCAUUAAACCUGAUCAUCAUGAAUUCAGUGGAGACUCAGUCACUCUCAGAUGUGACAUUGAUGAUGAAGGAGUCACUAGCUGGAGGUACUACUGGUACAAAGGAGGUUCAUUCAGUUUUUCCAGUGAACUACAGGAACUCACAUUCAGUUCUGUUUUUGAGUCUGACGCUGGUAAAUACUCCUGUGACGGAUUAGAGAGAGGAGGAUCACGCAGAUCACACCACAGUGAUAAAGUUACACUGACAGUAUCAGAAAGACCAAAACCCAAAGUGUCCAUUAAACCUGAUCAACAUGUAUUCAGAGGAGACUCAGUCACUCUCAGAUGUGACAUUGAUGCUGAAGGAGUCACUAGCUGGAGGUACAACUGGUAUAAAGAAGGUUCAACCAGAGUUUUCAGUGAACUACAGGAACACACAUUCAGGUCUGUUUCUGAGUCUGACGCUGGUAAAUACUCCUGUUAUGGAUCAGAGAGAGGAGGAUCACGCUGGUCACACCGCAGUGAUGAAGUUACACUGACAGUAUCAGAAAGACCAAAACCCAAAGUGUCCAUUAAACCUGAUCAACAUGUAUUCAGAGGAGACUCAGUCACUCUCAGAUGUGACAUUGAUGAUGAAGGAGUCACUAGCUGGAGGUACAACUGGUACAAAGGAGGUUCAUUCAGAGUCUCCAGUGAACUACAGGAACUCACAUUCAGUUCUGUUUCUGAGUCUGACGCUGGUAAAUACUCCUGUGAUGGAUCAGAGAGAGGAGGAUCACACUGGUCACACCGCAGUGAUGAAGUUACACUGACAGUAUCAGAAAGACCAAAAGCCAAAGUGUCCAUUAAACCUGAUCAACAUGUAUUCAGAGGAGACUCAGUCACUCUCAGAUGUGACAUUGAUGAUGAAGGAGUCACUAGCUGGAGGUACUACUGGUAUAAAGGAGGUUCAUUCAGAGUUUUCAGUGAACUACAGGAACACACAUUCAGGUCUGUUUCUGAGUCUGACGCUGGUAAAUACUCCUGUGAUGGAUUAGAGAGAGGAGGAUCAAACUGGUCACACCACAGUGAUGAAGUUACACUGACAGUAUCAGAUUUUCCCAAACCAACUCUGACUGUUGAGCCACAGAGUUCAGUGUUCACUGGAGACUCAGUUACUCUCAGAUGUAAGGUGGAUCCGUCACGGGAUGGAUGGGAGUUUCUCUGGAGUAAAAACUCAAACCCUGAAUCUACUGAAGCUGCAACUAAAACAAUCAGUCCUGUGAAAGUCUCUGAUGGAGGAGAGUACAGGUGCAGAGCACAAAGACAAGGAUAUUACACAGAUUACAGUGAACCAGUAACAGUGACAAUAUAUGGCAAACCAAAACCCGAAGUGUCCAUUAAACCUGAUCAACAUGUAUUCAGAGGAGACUCAGUCACUCUCAGAUGUGACAUUGAUCCUGAAGGAGUCACUAGCUGGAGGUACAACUGGUAUAAAGGAGGUUCAUUCAGUUUUUCCAGUGAACUACAGGGACACACAUUCAGGUCUGUUUCUGAGUCUGACGCUAGUAAAUACUCCUGUGAUGGAGCAGAGAGAGGAGGAUCACGCUGGUCACACCGCAGUGAUGAAGUUACACUGACACUAUCAGAUCCCAGAGCAGUUUUAAGUGUUUCUCCUCAGAAGUGGUUGACUGAAGGAGAUCCAGUGACUCUGAUCUGUGAGGUUAACGGCUCCUCUACAGGCUGGACAUUCAGCUGGUUCACUCAAACUGAAACUGACUCAUCAGAUGUCAGUGAUCACUAUGAGCUCCUUUCAGACAGCAGCAGAGGAUCUGGAGGAAAAUACACUGUCAGUUCUGCUGCUCUAAACCACACAGGAGUUUAUGUGUGUAGAGCAGAGAGAGAAAAAACAGCCUAUAAAACACCAUACAGCAACAAACAACCACUGUGGGUCACUGGUGUUUCUCCUCCAGUGUCUCUGAUCAUCAGUCCCAGCAGAACUCAACACUUCACAUCUGUCUCUCUCUCUCUGAGCUGUGAGAACAAGAGUAACUCUGAUGGAUGGACAGUCAGAAGAUACACAGACAGUCGGGGGCUGGAAGAUUGUUCAUCAUCAGUGUUUGGAUCACAAACAGGAUCUACAUGUAAAAUCAGCUCCACCAGAAUAUCACACACUGGAGUGUACUGGUGUCAGUCUGAAUCUGGAGCGAAGUCUCAUCCUGUUAAUAUCACUGUACACUUUGGUGUGGUUCUGGAGAGUCCUGUUCAUCCUGUGACUGAAGGAGAUAAUCUGACUCUACACUGUUUAUAUAAACAUCCAACCCCAUCAAUCCUAAGAGCUGAUUUCUAUAAAGAUGGAUCACUCAUCCAGAAUCAAACUACAGAGAUGAUCAUCCCUACUGUCUCAAAGUCACAUGAGGGUUUCUACUACUGCAAACACCCAGAGAGAGGAGAGUCGCCCAAGAGCUGGAUCUCAGUCAGAGGUGGAAGAUCUGAGUCUCCCUCUGCUGUCAGUCAACAGCAGAACAUCAGUCAGACAUCAGAGCAGAACCAGAGUGAAGACGGAUACAAGACACUGCUGUCUGGAACUGCACACGUCUAUGACUCAGUUGACACAACUAUUAAUAGAGACAGAAGCACAGACGGUGAAAGUGGACCGACUGAGAUCACAUAUGCUGAGAUUGAACUCAAAUCUACAAACAAACAGAAGAAAGAGAAAGAAAACAAAGUCAAAAACACUGAGAGUUGUGACGUCCUGUACUCUGAACUGAAGCUGGAAACAGAUCAAGGUGCUGGAUCUAGUGAAGUUACGUAUGCUCAGGUUAAAAAAAGAUGCCUGGAGUAGAAACUUCAAUCCCAGGAUGCUGAUGAGUUUACAGCAGCUUGAGAAGUGAAUGACCAGGAUCAUCAAGGCAAUAGAUUUAGCAGAACUCACUGUAAUAUUAGCAAUCUUAAAUGUGCUUCUGAGACAAUGCUUGUUAAUAUUUGAAAAGCAAUGAGAAAUUAUUAACUUUUAUUAUUCAUUAGGAAAAAGUCAUUAUUGUUUAGUACUGCAGUGUGUAUUUAUGUUGGUUAAUUUCAGCAGCUGAUCAUUUGAUAACUGAGCAAACAGAAUAUUUAGUGAAAGGAUAUUUCUUUUGACUGUUGAGUAAGUGACUAAGUUUCCUCCUCUUUUUUCAUUUUUUUAUUUCUGUCUUCUUGAUUUUAAAUAUAUAUAGAUUCACAUGGUCAUGGAAAUAUCACAGAAUGUUAAAAUUGUGAUUCUGGAAAAGUUGUCUUUAAAUGUAAAUGUGUAUAGUGAAACUAUAUAUUUUUUCUAGCUAUUCUCAAAAUAUUUCAGUUUGUUUGUUUGUUUUAUAAAGUUUUGAGUGUUUAUAAAUACUUCAAUAGUUUUGGGUCAGUAA